AUGGAUGACUUCUUACCUGCAGGUGCAGCAACCACAUUGGAGGUGGUGCUUUGUCACAAAGGAUUUGAUCGUUUACUCGCUACUCAUUUCUGCACAGAGAUAGUUCGACCACAACUCGAAUAUGGUCUAGCUAUUAGUCUACCCAGUGCAAAGAAUAUCCAACAACUGGAAUCUUGUCAAAACACAUGCAUAAGACGGAUAUUUGGUGGCUCUAGUCAAUCAUCAGUAAAGGUGAUGCUUCAUAUGGUAAACCAACCAUCAAUGAAGGUUAGGGUGUCCAUCCUGCAGACCCAAUUCGUUUUCCGUGCUAUUGAUUUACCGGAUGAUACCUUGCUCGCUAAAUUACUUCCUGAGCUUCAAGCCUCCACCUUCAACACUCAAUGGUAUAAACUCAUUCAAACAUCAUGCUGGAGACUCUGUGCUGCCAACUCCAUUCCGUUAGACCAACGCUCCUUUCGUAAACAUCGUCAAGAAUUUCUUGAAGAGAGUUUUCAUCAGCUACGUGACGGGACACGUUCUGUUUUGCUUUCCGCUUGCCGCCCUAAUCUGAUUAUUGAUCCGAUACUCUGGUUACUCAUGACACACAGUGAGCGUAGUCGAACUAUUCGCUGGCGUCUUGGUUGGCUGCCCGGAGGAAUACCUAAAGCCUGCCCAUAUCAUCCUCAUGUACACUUUAGUCGGCCACACGUCACUGAAUGCUUGCACAUCCACUUCUUGAUCCAGGCAGGAAAUGACUCAACUAGUUGUCUCUUUAAACUUGUUAGCAGUAUUCCCCCCCUUUCUUUCUCACCUUCUCUUCUUCUUCUUUUCCUUUAUCUUUUUACCUCUUGUCCCAGAUCUCACAAAUACAUUCUGCGCCUCAAUUUAUACCAAGAGAUUGCUAAUAACUGUUAUAUCCAGGAAUAAUAGAAAUAAAGAGCUGUUAUAGAAUCGUUCUUACCCACGAAAAAGAAAUAUUUAAAUUCAUUGAGCCACUACUGUAUUUAAUCCCAGAUUAAAAAGUGCCUGAGCAAAUAACAUUAAAAGAAGAUAUUUCAUGAACUAUAAAUUUAAAGAAUUUGUAUACUUCAUUAACAAUACUAAAUAUUAUUAUUCGAUCGUAACCAAUACAUUCUUAAUUUCUCUCUAAAUUUUGGGGCA